AUGGAUUAUGAGAGUAAUAGUUGGAUUUGGGAAGGGGUGUACUACUAUCCACAUUUGUUUGGUGGUUUAAUGGUUACGGCGGCUUUGUUGGGUUUGUCAACAAGUUACUUUGGUGUGAUUGGGGUUCCUUCUUUGCCACUUCCGCAUUCUUGGUACGAUUUGGGGGUUUUUCGCAAGAAGAAGAACGUUGGGAAGAGGCGCGUUCGGGUUUACAUGGAUGGGUGUUUUGAUCUGAUGCAUUAUGGUCAUGCUAAUGCACUCAGACAAGCUAAAGCUUUAGGUGAUGAGUUGGUUGUUGGGCUUGUUAGCGAUGAAGAGAUUGUGGCUAAUAAAGGACCUCCUGUUUUGUCCAUGGAUGAGAGGCUGGCCCUAGUCAGUGGAUUAAAGUGGGUGGAUGAAGUCAUAACUGAUGCUCCUUAUGCAAUCACUGAGAAUUUCUUGAACCGUCUCUUUCAUGAAUACAACAUUGACUAUGUCAUACAUGGUGAUGAUCCUUGCCUGCUUCCUGACGGAACAGAUGCUUAUGCUGCGGCAAAGAAAGCUGGCCGUUACAAACAAAUUAAACGUACUGAAGGAGUCUCUAGUACGGAUAUCGUAGGAAGAAUAAUGUCUUCUUUAAAAGAACAAAACAAUCGCGAAGAUGUUAAACCCCAAGACGAAUGCCAGUCAAAGGUUUCCCACAUCUCCCAAUUCCUACCAACUUCCCGACGUAUUGUGCAGUUUUCAAAUGGCAAGGGUCCAAGGCCAAAUGCUCGUAUUGUAUACAUUGAUGGAGCAUUUGAUCUCUUCCAUGCUGGUCAUGUUCAGAUGCUUAAGAGAGCUAGAGAACUUGGAGAUUUUCUCCUAGUUGGUAUUCACUCUGAUGAGACAGUGAGUGAAAAUCGAGGAAAUCACUAUCCAAUUAUGCAUCUACAUGAGCGGAGCCUUAGUGUGUUAGCUUGCCGUUAUGUUGACGAAGUCAUUAUUGGUGCACCUUUUGAAAUUACAAAGGACAUGAUCACAACUUUCAACAUCUCACUGGUUGUUCACGGCACUGUUGCUGAGAAGUCAUUACCCAGUGAAAAAGAUCCUUAUGAAGUUCCAAAGAGCAUUGGCAAAUUCCGCUUGCUUGAAAGCCCAAAAGAUAUUACUACUACCUCAGUAGCCCAAAGGAUAAUGGCCAAUCAUGAUGCUUAUGUGCAACGGAAUGCUAAGAAAGCCAAGAGUGAGAAGAGAUACUAUGAAGAAAGAAAAUACGUUUCUGGUGACUAG